UGAACUUUCGGACAAUUUGCCAGUUUGCCUGAGACCGCCGAAGUGAAAAGGUUCUUUUUUUGGGUUGGAGACGAUUUUUUUGGUGUGAAUUUAUUUAAUUUCGUGCUCUAUUAUGGCUCUAUCACGAAUGUCUUGUUUCCGGUUACCCACGUCGCAGCAGAAACUCGUCCCUGCGAUCGUGACCUAUGUGAGGAAUAUCUCCGCCGACAAUACCGAUCUUCGGGCUAUCCUUGCCGAGAAGAUUCCACGUGAGCAGGAGCGCGUGAAGAACUUCAGGAAGCAGUAUGGCGCCACAAAGAUGGGCGAAGUCACCGUUGACAUGAUGUACGGUGGCAUGCGUGGUAUCAAGGGACUGGUGUGUGAGACAUCUGUCCUGGAUCCCGAUGAGGGCAUUCGCUUCCGCGGUCUCUCAAUUCCAGAGUGCCAGAAGGUCCUGCCAAAGGCCAAGGGUGGUGCUGAACCACUGCCCGAGGGUCUCUUCUGGCUCCUUAUCACGGGAGAUGUUCCCACUCAGGCUCAGGUGGAUGCUCUGUCCCGGGAAUGGGCCAAUCGUGCUGCUCUGCCUUCCCACGUGGUCACCAUGCUCAAUAACUUCCCCACCACCCUCCAUCCCAUGUCACAGCUCUCCUGCGCCGUCACCGCUCUCAAUUCCGAGAGUAAGUUCGCCAGGGCGUACUCAGAGGGCGUCCACAAAAGCAAAUAUUGGGAAUAUGCCUACGAGGACAGCAUGGAUUUGAUUGCCAAGCUGCCCGUCGUAGCUGCCACAAUUUACCGCAAUACUUACAUGGAUGGUAAGGGAAUUGGGGCUAUUGACACGAAGAAGGAUUGGUCGGCGAAUUUCACCAGUAUGCUGGGUUUUGACAAUGAGACUUUCACCGAACUCAUGCGACUCUACCUCACGAUUCACAGUGACCACGAGGGUGGCAAUGUGUCUGCCCACACGGUGCAUCUGGUGGGAUCUGCCCUCAGUGAUCCCUACCUGUCCUUUGCUGCUGGCAUGAAUGGUCUGGCGGGUCCACUGCACGGUCUGGCCAAUCAGGAAGUUCUGGUGUGGCUGCAGAAGAUGAUGAAGGAACUGGGCAAUGAUCUUUCGGAGAAGAACAUCAAGGAUUUCAUCUGGAAGACACUGAAAUCUGGUCAGGUGGUACCUGGCUAUGGGCAUGCUGUGCUCAGGAAGACAGAUCCUAGGUACAUGGUUCAGAGGGAAUUUGCCCAGAAACAUCUUCCGGACUAUCCACUUUUCAAGCUUGUGUCCACAAUCUUCACCACCGUGCCGCCAAUUCUCACGGAAUUGGGCAAGGUUAAGAAUCCCUGGCCCAAUGUUGAUGCCCAUUCGGGAGUUCUGCUGCAGUACUACGGACUGAAGGAGAUGAACUACUACACGGUUCUCUUUGGCGUUUCCCGAGCUCUUGGUGUCUUGGCUGGUUUGGUCUGGGAUCGGGCUCUGGGACUGCCAAUCGAACGCCCCAAAUCCUUCUCCACUGACGCCCUCAUGAAGGCCGUUGGAGCGUCUAAGUAAAGCAAAAACAUCCACCCAGUUCAUCCAUCGUCCCAGCUAGAAUUAAUAAUUAUUGAGAGUGAUCCUACAAAGUCUUUAAAAAAAAUUUAGAGAGAGAGAAAUAAAGUCAAGGUAUUUUUCUUUUGCUAAAAAUUUCUCUUUACAGUGGAUCAAUUAAAAAAAAAGAAAAUACUUAAGGAUUUCUCUCGAGGAAACCACAGAAAAGAAAAAAAAAAACUUAAUUUUAUUAACCUUAGUAAACCUUGGCUGCAAUGUCAUCCAAGAUGCCCAUGAUGCAACAUCGAAAAGAAAUAUAAGCAAAUAAUUUGCAGCAUAAUUGAUAUUUCGGUGUGGAAAUUUGUGCAAAGAAAACAAAAAAAGUAAGAAUUGUGUUAUAGAACCUGCAUAUAGAAUGAUGCUGAAAAAAAAUCAGGAAUUCAUACCAUGUUUAAUUUAUUUAAGGGUUUAAGUGUAUAUUUAAAAAAAAGUGAAAUUAGAAGGAAGUUUGUAGAGUAAAUGCAUUCUAGCAAACAUUUUUAAAUCAUUGAGAUUCCUUGUUUUUUUUUCUUCCUGAUCCCUCCUUUUGUCCCCUUUUUUUGUAACAAAAUUUCACGAAAGAGCGUAAAGUAUUCACACAGCUAUGUUGUAGUGUUUAGAAGAGACAAUAAAGUGGUUUAAAAGAAGGAUAAA